UUGGAUAAAGUGACCGCUGUGGUCGUUAUGGCUGAUAAGCCAAGAGCUGACAGACCCUGAAACAGUGCUUGUUUCCAAAAGUGUUGAUCGAUGAAGGCUUUGAGUUUGAGUGCCAUAAACACCUCAAAUCCAUGUCUUCCCCAAACCCAUUUCCUCAAAGUCCCUAUCUUUCACCCCUUCUUCAGAUUCAAGCCAUUCUCAAAUUCAAGCCAUGGUGCAAAGAGAGCUCACACUCUUCCACUCACCAUCAGCUGCAAGCUGAAAAACUCUCAAGAAAUGAAAAACAAAGGGAAGAGUGUGUCACAGAAGAUUGUGUUAUCAGAGGCUUCCCCUCCACCACUCACAGAGGAUGAUAAGAACAAUGGUGAUAGCAAGGAUGUUCCAGAGAGCUCAAAGAAGAAGGGAGGGCUUUCUGGGGUGGCCAAUAUGUUGAGAAGGAAGACUUUGCAGAUUCUCUCUAAUUUGCCAUUGGCUAUUGGGGAAAUGUUUGCUGUUGCUUCUUUAAUGGCUUUAGGCACAUUUAUUGAUCAAGGUGAAGCCCCUGACUUUUAUUUCCAGAAAUACCCUGAAGAUCAUCCCGUGUUUGGAUUUUUUACUUGGAGAUGGGUUCUCACCCUUGGUUUUGAUCACAUGUUUACAUCCCCUAUAUUUCUUGGAGUGUUGGCUCUCCUUGGUGCAUCCCUCAUGGCCUGCACUUACACAACUCAACUCCCCCUCAUCAAGGUUUCAAGAAGAUGGUCAUUUUUGCACUCUGCUGAGGCCAUACGUAAGCAAGAAUUUUCAGAAUCAUUGCCAAGAGCAUCAAUCCAAGAUGUUGGUACUAUAUUGAUGGGAGCUGGAUACGAGGUAUUCUUGAAAGGACCAUCUUUAUAUGCUUUUCAAGGGCUUGCGGGUCGGCUGGCCCCUGUUGGAGUCCAUAUAGCAUUGCUACUGAUAAUGGCUGGAGGAACUCUUAGUGCUACUGGGAGCUUCAGAGGUUCAGUCACUGUGCCCCAGGGGCUGAAUUUUGUUGUAGGUGAUGUUCUGGCUCCUUUUGGCUUUCUGUCCUCUCCAACCGAUGCUUUUAAUACAGAGAUUCAUGUCAACAAAUUCUCCAUGGAUUAUUAUGAGAGUGGAGAGGUUUCACAGUUCCACACCGAUCUUUCCCUUCGUAACAUGGAUGGGAAAGAAGUAAUGAGGAAGACAAUCAGUGUAAAUGAUCCUUUAAGAUACGGUGGUAUCACCAUAUAUCAGACAGAUUGGAGUAUUUCCGCUCUGCAAAUUCUUAAGGAUAAUGAAGGACCUUAUAACUUAGCUAUGGCACCUCUACAGAUAAAUGGAGAUAAGAAACUUUUUGGUACUUUUCUACCGGUUGGAGAUAUUAACUCUCCUGACGUUAAGGGAAUAUCUAUGCUUGCUCGUGAUCUGCAGUCAAUUGUCCUUUAUGACAAGGAAGGAAAAUUUGCAGGAGUUAGACGGCCUAAUUCAAAGCUCCCAAUCAAUAUUGAUGGCUCAGAAAUUGUCAUUGUUGAUGCAAUAGGAAGUAGUGGCUUGGAAUUGAAGACUGAUCCAGGUGUGCCAGUUGUAUAUGCUGGAUUUGGUGCUCUAAUGAUCACUACUUGCAUCAGCUAUUUGUCUCAUUCACAGAUAUGGGCUUUACAAGAUGGGACAACAGUCUUCGUUGGAGGGAAGACUAACAGGGCAAAGAUGGAAUUUCCAGAGGAGAUGAGCCGCUUACUUGAUAAGGUCCCUGAAAUAGUUGAAUCAAAUCUACCUAAGCAUGCUGAUAGCAUUAGUGGUUAGCUUAUGGCUUUUGACAAAUCAAGAUAGGUAAAGAAGACACUUCAAUUGGAUGAUAGCAACUUAUAUGGAUUAUGAUUCAAUUUGGAUACACUUAUCCAUUAGCACCUAUAGAAGAGAUAAAAAAAAAAUUAAAUGAAUCAAACUUCUCAAAUAAAUUAAAAUCACCUUAUGCAUCUCAAAUUCUUUGGAAGUUUUUUCAUUUAACUUUUGCAAAAGCUGAGAUGUAUAACUUGGUUUUAACUUAAAGGAUAAAUUUGAAUUUUUAUCUCCUUAUUUCUUCUUUAUAAGUGCUUAUUGAAAAGUUUAUUCAACUUAUGUGAUAAAGUACUUUGGCAUACAAAUACAAAUUGAACUUCAUCAUUGAAGUGUCCAGCAGUUGUCUUGCUGGUUGAUCAUCAGGGAAUUUACAAAUGCUCGAAGGAUGCCUACAAGAAGUAUAUCAAGAAAACUUUUGCAGCUCAUAUUAUUUGACAUUAUCUAGAUACACUGAGUUCAACAUACAUGUAUAUUUCCUGUAUUUUUUUAGUAAUGGGGCCAAAUUAAUCAAAACUCGUAUGCCUUGUGUUAUUUUGGCCCCUCGUUUAAAUAAUUGGAAAGUGUAUCAGGUCGAAUAUGAAUUUGAUGCGUCCAUAAUGUACAGGUUGCUAUUGCAACUGCAUUAAGAUGAA